AUGGCACCCUUAACGUAUCGAAUUAACACAACUAAAGCGUGUGAUUCUUGUCAACGCCUAAAAACCCGAUGCAUAAAGGAAGCACACCUCGAUCGAUCUGUUAAGUGUAGUGAAUGCAUAAGGCGUAACGUCAAUUGCACUUAUGAUGCUCUAUCAAAAAGACGUGGUCCAAAACCUAAGAAUCAAUCUCCAGAUAAUGAAAAUACCCAUACAUCUAAACACCAUCAAGAUGACCGUGGUCUAUCUCAAGAGGAAAUAAUGCUCGUUACCAAAUUGUAUGGGAAGGAGCAAUUAUCCGCUGUAUUAGAUAUUCUCACCUCUUAUUCUUCAUUGCCAUGCCCGUAUGAAAAUACUGCUGGUCAUCAAUGUCAUGAAGGGUGUACUGUGAGGUAUACACAUAACUGCUGA